AUGGCAAACGGCUCAAUUUUGUACCCAUUGCUCGUCGCUUGUCUCCUCGUCAGCUCGUCCUUUCAAUCUUUACAUCGACACGAUGUAGAUUCGGCUAUGCCAUCCUUAACACUGGACGUGGACAAAUCUUUCCAUGGAUGCGAUCAAAACCUUGAACUGAAAGAAGCUGUUUGCAGCCAUAAAGGCCUGGACACUGUUCCCCAGAAUCUUUCUGAGGAUACCGAGAUGCUUGUCUUGUCUGACAACAAUAUCACCAAACUCUUGAACUCCUCGUUUGAAGUAUACCCUCUAAUUAAAUCCUUGGAAAUUUCUUUAAACGAUGUAAGAGCGAUAGAAUCCGCCGCUUUUUACCCCCUCAUGGGCUUAAUGUACCUGGAUCUAUCCUUUAACCCGCGUCUUGUGCUUCCAGCGACAGGAGUCUUCAUGAUGUCUUCACAGCUUUCCAUUCUCGAUUUAGCGGCAUUAUACACGACAUCGCUCCCCAAUGACAUUCUAAAGUGGAUUCCACAUCUAUAUUAUGCAGAUCUUUCCUUCAACCAGCUUUCCUUCAUUAAUCUAAGUUCUUGUGGCAUGGCCGACACUGUAGACAUGAGAGGAAAUAAACUACACAACCUUACGGCAAAAGAUUUCACAUUUCUGUGCCUUACUGAUACUCUAGAUCUUAGAUAUAACCCUAUAAAAUCAGUAGACCCUGAUGUGAUCGCAUCACUACAUGUUCGAUCUUUGAUGCUAGGUGGCUACCGUUUUAGUGACGAGGUGUUGGCGAACAUCAUCCUCGGAAUUUCAAAAUCAGACAUCAAACUGCUUAAAAUCGAGUAUUGUUCUGUUGGUGCGUUUCCUAAAGGUUUCUUUGAUCCUCUGAGCGAUUCUUCUCUCUCUGUUCUGGAAUUCAACGGCAACAAUCUGACUAGCCUCCAUCCUUUAGUCUUCUCAAAUUUGACAAAAGUCAGAAACUUCAGGUUCAGUGAUAACAAACUCCCCAUAGACGAAGUUCAACCAGAUUUUUUCGACGGCAUGAAUGCAUUAAAAGUACUGGCAAUCAACGACAACAAACUAAAAUUAGACUACUGCGAUAUUACAAAUCUAUAUCCUCUUGUCUUCUCGGGCUUGGAAUCGCUUGAGACGUUGAGUUUGAAAGGAAACAACAUCCAGCAUAUUCAUGAUGAUGUAUUGUCGGGGUUGGGUCAAAUACAAAGUAUCAACUUGGAAGGAAACCGUAUCGAGUACUUGGAGGAGAUAAUGUUCUCAAACAACUGGAAACUCACAAAUCUUUCAUUGGCCAACAAUAGAUUAACACGCCUUAAUCAAAGCACUUUCAAGCCGAUAUUUUUCUCUAUUUCUUCACUUGAUCUAUCAAUGAACCUAAUUGAUUGUAACUGUGAUCUAAAGUGGCUUAUUGAUUGGUUAAAUGAACCUAAUAUACGCCUGAAUAACAAAGACAAAACUAUCUGUUCGUCAGCAUCUCUGGAGCCUCUUCGUGAGAAACCCCUGCUUGACUUUGAUCCAAAUGAACUCUGUAUAAUAAAGUAUGGUCUUUACUCUCUGAUUCCCCUCGUAUCCAUUAGCUUGGUUGUAAUCAGCGUGCUGUUGUAUCACCACCGAUGGCAGUUGAGGUACAAACUCUUUCUCUUGAAACUGGCCGCACUGGGCUAUAAAGAGAUGCGAGACGCUCGAGACCACAAUGAUUACGAAUUUGACGUGAACAUCAUUUUCUAUGACGAUGACGAAGAAUGGAUUCGCGAACAGCUCCGACCAGCUCUCGAAGAACGGCUUCCACAGUUUCAGAGGAACGUCUUUGGUGACGAAGACCUUGUGUUGGGUAUGCAUUACUUAGAUUCCGUCGAUUACGUGGUGAGCCAUAGUUACAAGACCAUCAUAGUGCUUAGCAGAGCUGCUGUGCUCGACCACUGGUUUAUACUCAAGUUCCGUACGGCCAUGGACCACGUGAGUGACACUCUGACGGAGUUCGUAGUCGUGGUUUUCCUCGAAGACAUCCCAGGUGAUGAAAUGCCAUUCUUGGCGCGGUUGUAUCUCAGUGAUGGCAGACCCUAUCUUCACUGGACUGAGAACGUGAGAGGACAAGAAUAUUUCUGGGAUGAAUUGACCAAAAGUCUGACCAUUAAUCUAAGGACGAAUGAUUUGAUCCCAAACGAGUAGUGCAGGAAUCUAGAAGUACGUGUGCUGUUUUCGGUAAUGAAAGUGAUAGUAGUAGUUGU